GAAGCGACCACCUUUUAUGAACCAGAAGGUUUUGAUACCACACCAAGCCUCUCUGCUUCAACACCAGCUAGGCACACCAGCUAUCCACUCAAUCCACAGGAAUUAUUCGCAAGGAUUGGGAACUCUUCUUCGGAAAUUCAAGGUCCACGAAACAGACUCCGAAGGCCAUAUGAAAUCGUGUAUGAUCGGGAAAUAGAACCUACGCAAAUUACCAACCACAAUGUGGGUGUUACUGAAUCUGUCCGGGAAACAGGCUCUAGAUCACGUCAAAACACCGUACCCAUCUCAUCCCCCCCUCUUGCGAAUAUAUCUAUACCUUCUCCAUUACACCGGCCACCAAGUCCCAGCCCUGUAGUGGAAGAAACCUUGUUCGAUGGGUUCCCUAGUUUGUCACGAAGACGGAUACCCCUCAGUCAGUCCCCUCUUGCUCCCAUUGAGGAUAGAAGGCAACCCAGAAUCACCUCGCCAUAUCAAGAUCUGUUUGAUCGGCUAUCUAAUACGAACCCGCCUUGCUCCACCAUUGGUGCCAACUCCGGUUCCACGCCAUCGCCCCAAUAUAGACUUAGAACGACGUUUACCACCGCUCCCAAUCUCUCUCGAUACAUCCUCGUAGUCUACAGGUCGCCUCAUGGCCUA